GACGUCACCAACUUGGCUCAGUUAUCAGGUCUCCUUGGAAGGUCUCCUUAAAUCUCUUCUUUAUCAACCAAUUCACCUUCAUAAUGCUAUCUUCACCCCUUGUACCCGUCGCUGCGAGCGCUUAUGCGCUGCAAGCAGGCUUGGCCUGCAUCUUCGUUCCUAAAGCUGAAGACAGGUUUUACGAUCUUUCUGGAGCUGCCGGUUUCUUGUCAACCACUCUUGUGUCCAUUUAUUAUCCAUACAUUCGCUCGCGCGGCAAGAUUUCACCUUCCGCAUUUCUUCAGCUUCCAAGCUUAGCUCCGAGGCAGGCCCUGCUCACUGCUGCCCUUGUCGUGUGGUCAGUGAGGCUCGGGAGCUUCCUGGCCCAGAGAGCAAUCAAAGCUGGUGGCGAUUCACGUUUCGAUGAAAUGAAGAAGGACAAAAUCAAGUUUACCGGUGCAUGGAUGGCGCAAGCGACCUGGAUUUUUGUUGUUGGAUUGCCCGUUUAUAUUUCAAACGUAAUUCCGGCAUCAGCUCACCCUCCUUUGCGUGCCUCCGAUUUUAUUUCUCUCGCUUUAAUCGCAGGUUCCUUUGCCCUUGAAGUUGUAGCAGACAGGCAGAAAUCCACAUGGCGCCGAGAGAAAGAGGAAAAGCAACAUGAAGAGCCUUUCAUUUCCAGAGGACUGUGGGGUUUGAGUCGUCAUCCCAACUAUGUGGGCGAACUCGGUAUCUGGACUGGAAUGUUCGGUCUUGCUGCAUUCUCUGGCGCUUUACCACUUCCUGCAGCAGUUGCGACCGCCGCGAGUCCUCUUCUGACCUAUGUUCUGGUUCGAUACGUGAGUUGAGAAUACCGCCAUAAUUGUCCACAUCAUAACCGCCAAUCUAAAUUUGCUUUGCAGGCGUCAGGCGUUCCUCCUCUCGAGCACG